AUGGCCGCUGAGGAGAAAGACCCGCUCGGCUAUUUCGCCGCCUACGGCAGCGGCAGCAGCAGCAGCUCGGGCUCAUCGUCGUCCUCGGAGGACGGCAGCGAGCCCGAGGAGGCUGGCCGCGAGUCCCGGGAGUCCUCCAGGCCGGCCCCCAGCGGCGGCAGCAGCGGCGCGUCUGAGAGAAAGCUGCUGCCCAAACCGGACGAGCUGUUCCGCAGCGUGUCCCGGCCGGCUUUCCUCUACAACCCGCUAAACAAGCAGAUCGACUGGGAGCGCCACGUCCGGAAGGCACCCGAGGAGCCUCCCAAGGAAUUCAGAGUAUGGAAGACGAACGCGGUGCCCCCUCCUGAGACCUACGGUGUCAAGGAAAAGAAGCCCCCGCCGCCUCCCGAGCUGGAUAUGGCCAUCAAGUGGUCCAACAUCUAUGAGGACAACGGGGACGACGCUCCCCAGAACGCCAACAAAGUCAAGUUAUUACCAGAGGGGGAAGAGACCUUGGAGUCAGAUGAUGAAAAAGAUGAACCUACUUCUAAAAAACGUAAAGUGGAAAAUGAACAAGGAAAGAAGAAAAAGUAGGAAAGAGCACCUACUGGGAACAUUGGAAUGGGAAAUGUGCUGUUUGAAAAUCAACAGAUUUGGAAUUUUCAGAAUUUCCAUAAAGCAUCUUCCCUUUUGGAAAGCACACAAGUUAGUCCAACAGUAGAAACUUUCCACUGAAGAAUUAAAGUUUCAUUGAAAACUCAUAAUUAUUGCAAAUAUUGUGACUUUGUGAUUGUGGAAAUUAUCAUUAUUGGUGGAAACACUGGGGCCUUCACAAAAUUAGUGACUUGCUCUGAGAACUUUAUUAUUUGUUGACUUGCCAUUGUUUUUUGGAUCCUUUUAUAACAGAAUGUAUUUUAAAAGUAAGUAUAUUGUAUAUGUACUGUGAACUGAUGAGGUGCUUUUCCAAAA